AUCGUGCCGGACAGACAGACAGACGGACGGACGGACGGACAUGACGGUUCCAUAAGCCCUGACUCGGGCUAAAAAUUCGUAGUUAGUAGUAGGUUGGGAAAACCUGACUGGAGUCGGCUAGCGUUGAGGUAGUCGAGCAUUGUCAUGACAAUAAAAAGUCACAACACGCAUCCAUUCGCCUCAUCAUCUACAACAUAUUUGAAGUAUUAAAAUAUCAUGUAAAAUGGCUGGGGUGUCGUUAGGGGGUCCAAAGCCGGAAGAAAUUGACGCUUUACUUGACCAACUUGACCUUGACCUUAAAGUGGAGAAAAUGUUCUUGAAAAGCCCGGAAGCAAAACGAUUGUCAGAACUGCCCCCCAAGGAUUGUUCCUGCACGACAAAACAUCCGACGGAUUGGAAAGAAGUUGAUGAAAUGUUGAAAGACUUCAAAUUUGAGGAUAAUAAUCCAUUUUCAAAGGAAAAAAAUAAACCAUGGGCCCGACAAAAGAUUCCCAUUCCAUCAAGUGUUGCUGAUGACGAGAAACGAUCCAAAAAAUGUUUUACAGUCUACUUGUCAGGAAGUUAUGAAGUGAUGGGACUUUGCAUUCCUGGUGCUGAAAAGCCAUGUGACAAUCUAAAAUGCCUUCGAUGUGACUUUGCUGUCGUUACGUUUGACAACUUCGCUUGGCAUCAAUCGACGGAUUAUUUAUUCCUACGAAAUCACAUGCCUGACUUUGAAAAAUUAGCAUCAAAACUCUGUAAGAAGAAAGGUUCGAGAGCAUAUAGCUGUCAAUGUCGUCACGUCACCGUCAACAACUUUACGAAUGUUUUGUCCCGUCCUGACGUUAGGUGGGUUUGUGGCCGGCAUCCCAACUCAUCAUUAGAAAAUAAUGACGCUUCUUAAAAUUCAAAGACUUCCUGUUUUUCGUUUGUUUUAAAGUUGCAUAAUUGAAUCAUUAUUAUUACAAUAAAAUGAUUUUAAUACCUUCUUUUAA